AUGGAAAUUGGGUUUUGCGCUGACUUGGAGGAGGGAGGUUUUGACUGGGCUGUAGGUAUUUAUGCUGAGGUCGAGAAAGUGCUCAGCAAGGGCCUUCUCAUCACUCCAACACCAUCCCCCAGGCACCAUAUACGCCACACACUUAGGGUUAAUCGCAUAGAUGUGACUACUCCGUCUCCCUCGUCUCCUCCUGGUGCUAAUCUCAGUGUUGCACCUCCUAUAUGUGCCCCUCCCCUCCAAGCAACCCUCACUGCUAUAGACACUCUCAUAACCCUCCCACGUAAAAACUACCAGUGGUCUCGCGUCUUCAAUGCUCUCUCCCGUGAAUAUUCACAAACGCACAUUAUCUCAGCUCCACCUCGAAUUCAGAACCUGAACAGGAGGAAAACACGCGAUCAGACCCUGUUCACGCUCUACUUUUCACACCCUCCUCUCCAGCACCAUUUUUUUACUCUCUCCGGCAAGCAAAGAUUCGUCGCACUCUAUGCCAUCGUCAAUAGCGGAGCACUAGAGAAUUUCAAGGAUGGUAUCAUUCACAUCCCUCUCCUACCUCUCCUAACUGUCCACACAAUCCACCCACUCAUACAUCUCCCACUCACGUUGCUCGUCGGCGCCACUACGAAGCGGAACCUCGCUGGCACAAAACCCAAGAGAAGACUAUGGACCGAAGCGGGGAUUGCAACUAUUCAACAGGAGCAGGAGAGGAACAUCGAACGUAAGUAUCGUCCUCCUUCCCAACUUCUUUCGUCAGUGCCGUUCAUGAUCUUCAUGCCAAUACCUAACGCCAAUCUACCUCAGCGCACCCCUCUGGACUUCCCUCGCAGACAUACGAAACGCACAGUAAGACUCACAGCCGAUCUCCUAUGCGAACUCGUCACCAUCUCUAUUGAACGCUUCCGAAGUCAACUCCAGAGAAACCCACUCCACUCUCCUCUCCCUAGUUCACACGACCUCUUCUACAGCUAUAGCGCACGCAUCACUCUCCAUGCCCCUCGCAAUAGCCAACAAGCAGGGUGUAUUAUCGUUUUGCUAGGACAGUGA